AUGGCAGCAACUUCUUACGAUCCCAAUCGCAUAACCAUAACUAUCCUCGGCGACGGUGGCGUUGGCAAAUCCGCUUUAACUCUCCGCCUUGUAAAAUCUCAAUGGACAUCUGAUUACGACCCUACCAUUGAAGAUUCCUAUACCCUCACCCGACGCAUCGAUGGGCAAACAUAUCAUCUUUCCAUAACAGACACCGCAGGCCAAGAAGAAUAUCGCGGGAUGUGGCAAAGUGCCAAUGGGAGUAUGAGAAGUGAUGCCUUCUUAUUGGUAUAUGAUAUUACGCGACGAGAAAGUUUGGAUGCGCUGGAUUGGUUCGAAGAAUUAGUUACUAUGGAGGGAGAAGUUCGGGGCGAAGAAUGGAGAAGAGCGCAGGCCGAAUCUUCUCCUUCGAAAUCUCGUUCAAGAACAAAAAAAAUUCAGAGCUCAAAUGCAAAGUCAAUACAAGGGGGAGGAUUCGAUUAUGGAUAUACGCCUCCGAUUAAAAUCAUUGCGGGAAAUAAAUGCGAUCUGCAAGAAUCGCGCGAGGUGACGGCUUCGCAGGGUUUGGAAUGGGCUAGGGCAAGAAAUUGUGGGUUUAUGGAAACAAGCGCGAGGAGUAUUGUUAAUAUCGAGGAAACUUUCGCGUUGAUUGUUAGACGGGUUGUAGAGGGUAGGAAGAGGGCUUUGAUGGAUAGAAGGGAAAUUGGAGAUGAGAUAUCGGGGGUGCAUAUGGAUGGGGCGCAAGGCGAUGAAAUGAAUGGGGAAAGGGAGAAGUUGGGGACUAGGAGAGCGAUGACGAAACCAUUGACGCCUUUACCGCCGGGAACUCCAAGCGGAGAAUAUGAAAAGAGAGGGAAUAGAAAUGGGAGAGGAAUUAGCAAGGGAAAAUUGAGGGAGAUAGGAAGGAAGUUCGCAUGCUGGAGAUAG